AUGGCCACCUUCUGUGAUGGCUCUGGAGUACUCUCUAUGACCAAUGACCUCAGAGUAGACGGUAGCAAAGAAGCUUCCAGUGGACGAUUCAACAACUCUAUCGAUAUGUACUCUAUUCCAAUAUCUCAAUCUUUUAUGUCUAUUGUGGAGAAAACAAAACAUUGGUUAGCAUCGAUACCUCUAUCAACUAGAUUCUACUUUCUGCUGUGUAUGUUGGUGUUUGCUUUGACAUCGACUGGCCGUAUCUAUCUCAAUACACUAUGUAGCUCACCAACCAAUAUAUUAGAUCUAAACUUUAGUAAAUUGGCGAGUGCUUUCACUCACUCUGGUAUACUUCAUAUACUAUUUAAUAUGUCUAGUUUUAUUCAAUUGAAAUCACUAGAGAGUACCAAUGUACUGGUUUCUCUCAUGUCAUUUGCCAUUGCAUUCCUCAUAUCGUAUCCACCACUAAACUACAUGAAUUCACUCUACACUUGUUCAGUUGGUUUAUCGGGUGUCAUUUUUGCUCUACUCGAAAUACAAUGCUAUGGAAGUAUUCAUAGUACAAAUUUAUUCGCACAAAUACAAAUACCAUUAAAACUAUAUCCAUGGGCAGCAUUGUUACUUGCUCAAUUCCUAAUGCCAAAUGUUUCAUUCAUUGGUCAUCUUAGUGGUAUCAUCAUUGGUUUCUUGUAUGCUAUUGGAUUACUUGAUGCUUUGAUACCAUCAAAUGCAACGCUAAUAAAGAUAGAGCUAUCGGAUGCUAUGAGUCAAAUUACAUCUAUCAGUGGAUAUAUCACCAAUUUAAACUAUGGAUCUACGUCAUCUCUAUACAACACAUCGUCAUCAAAUUCAACAUCUGCCUCUAGUUGGUAUAAUAGAUUCGUAUCGAAUAUCAGUAGCGGUAGAAACGCUACUGGAAGUAGUAAUGGUAGUGGAAACAACAACAACAACAACAACAAUUUCGCAGGACCAGGUAGAAUGCUUGGUCAAUCAACAACAACAACAACAACCAGCAAUACACCUAAAACACUACCAUACUCACCAUCAAUAGACAUGUCAGUCGAAAGGCAAACAAACAAUAACCAACAACAUAUGUUUAACAUGAUUAAUCCAACAAUGUCACUAUCGUCAACAUCAUCAUCAUCAUCAUCAUCCUCUUCACCAACCAUAGCAAUACUACCUACUAACAAUGACAAUAACAAAUCCAAUAUUGAUAAAUAA